AUAAAAAAAAAAUAUCGCAAUUAUUCUUAUUUUGACACCACUUUUGACUUUCCCAUCUCUUUUUCGCCAGUUCUAGCUCUCCUUCGGUUUUUUUCAAUUUUUUUUCUUCAAGAUUUAGACAGGGUGUUUGUUUUGCAAUAGGAAGAUGUUGGAGCAGUUGCUGAUAUUUACUAGAGGUGGAUUAAUUCUAUGGACAUGUAAAGAACUUGGAAAUGCUCUUAAAGGGUCUCCAAUUGACACUUUGAUUAGAUCGUGUCUGUUGGAGGAGCGAUCUGGUGCAGCAUUGUUUACCUAUGAUGUUCAGGGUGCUUCUUAUAACCUGAAAUGGACCUUUCAUAAUGAGCUUGGCCUUGUAUUUGUUGCUGUGUAUCAGCGGAUCCUCCAUCUUCUCUAUGUGGAUGACCUGCUCGCUAUGGUGAAGCAUGAGUUUGCAGGGAUUUAUGAUCCAAAAAGAACAGACUACAAUGAUUUUGAUGAGACAUUUAGGCAGCUUAGGAAAGAGGCAGAGGCUAGGGCUGAAGAGUUAAAGAAAGUGAAGCAGGUGGGUAAGCCUAUGAAUAAUGGGAAGAAGCAAGGGCAGGUGCAGAAGGUUGGAUUGGAUGGGGGAAGUAAGAAGAGUGGUGGUGGCUUGGCAGCUGAUGGUGGGGAUGGUGAAAAUGGUCAUAAAUUGGAGAAUGGUCACUCCAAUGGCAAUCGUGUUAUGGUUGAUGAAUCUAGGAAGACAGAUGUUGUUAAUGCUAAGGAAUAUAGAGACUCCAAUAAUGGAGCUUUUGAUGUAAGCAAGCUUCAAAAGUUAAGAAGUAAAGGUGGAAAGAAAACUGAUACUGUAGCUAACAAGGGUUCUAAGGUGGACCCAAAGAAAAAGGUAACAAAGAAGAAUAGAGUGUGGGAUGAUUCGCCUCCAGAGUCAAAACUAGACUUUACAGAUCCUGCAGAUGGAAAUGGGAAUGAGAUUAUAGAGGUUGUUCCAGCUGAUCAAGGUGAAAGUAUGAUGGAUAAAGAAGAGAUCAUCAGCAGUGAAAGUGAGGGUGAAGAAGAUGAUGAUGAUGUGGGGAAGGACAGCAAACCUGAAGCUAAGAAGAAGGGAUGGUUUUCAUCAAUGUUCCAAAGCAUUGCGGGGAAGGCCAAUUUGGAGAAGGCAGAUCUGGAACCUGCUUUGAAAGCUCUCAAGGAUAGGUUGAUGACCAAGAAUGUGGCUGAGGAGAUAGCUGAGAAGCUUUGUGAAUCAGUUGCUGCAAGUCUUGAAGGUAAAAAGCAGGCUUCAUUUACAAGAAUAUCCUCAACAGUGCAGACUGCAAUGGAAGAAGCUCUUGUUCGCAUUUUAACUCCUAGGCGCUCUAUUGACAUACUGAGGGAUGUGCAUGCUGCCAAGGAACAAAGGAGACCAUAUGUUGUUGUUUUUGUUGGUGUCAAUGGAGUUGGAAAGUCUACAAAUCUGGCCAAGGUUGCCUAUUGGCUUCUGCAGCACAAUAUUAAAGUGAUGAUGGCUGCUUGUGAUACAUUCCGAUCUGGAGCUGUUGAACAGUUGAGAACUCAUGCACGUAGACUCCAGAUCCCUAUAUUUGAGAAGGGCUAUGAGAAAGAUCCUGCCAUUGUAGCAAAGGAGGCAAUUCAAGAGGCCACUCGAAAUGGUUCUGAUGUUGUUCUUGUUGAUACAGCUGGUCGGAUGCAGGAUAAUGAACCAUUGAUGAGAGCUCUCUCAAAACUUAUCUACCUCAACAGUCCAGAUCUAGUCUUAUUUGUUGGAGAGGCACUAGUUGGAAACGAUGCUGUUGAUCAGCUGUCAAAGUUCAAUCAGAAACUGGCUGAUCUCUCAACUUCUCCUAAUCCAAGACUGAUAGAUGGGAUCCUGCUCACCAAGUUCGACACCAUUGACGAUAAGGUUGGAGCUGCACUGUCGAUGGUGUAUAUAUCAGGAGCACCAGUCAUGUUCGUUGGUUGUGGGCAGUCGUACACAGACCUGAAGAAACUUAAUGUCAAGUCCAUUGUCAAGACACUCCUGAAAUGAGUGUAUGCUGUCUUUGUUUACUCAUUAUGAUUUGCAUCCUACCUAAACUGUUGUGUUUCUUUCUUUGGCUGUGAGCGUGUGACACUGUGACAAUGACGGAGGUGAAUCAGCCCCUUGCGGCUGUAAGUUUGUGUUGGAUUUAAUAAUUUCUCUACUACAUAGACCAUUCUUGUGUCCUUCUGAAUUUAAUUUUUCCGAGCACCAUAGCCUGGAAAGGACUGAAGUAAAAGUUAAAAUUCACU